GCCCCCGCUCGCUCUAUGGCCCGCCUUCGGGGUGGUGCCAGCAUUUGGUCCCGCCCCUUGCAUAUUCGACUUCCGCUCGGGAAAGUCUGCUUCCGGCCCCUGGCGCCUUGCCCGGCAAGAUGGCGGCGCGGCGGCCGUUGCGGGUGUUGGGGCUGGCGGGCUUCCGACAGAGCGAGCGGGCCUUCCGCGAGAAGACGGGAGCCCUGAGGAAGGCGCUGCGGGGCCGCGCCGAGCUCGUGUGCCUCAGCGGCCCGCACCUGGUCGCGAAUGCCGCGGGCCCCGAGAGCGUCGGGCCAGCCUCCGGCGAGACGGCCCUGCCCGAGCCCUGCCUUCCGGAGGAGCAGCCUCGAGGCUGGUGGUUUUCAGAACAGGAAGCAGACGUUUUCAACGCCCUGAGCCAUCCCACAGUGUGCAGAGGUCUGGAGGAAGCCUUGGGAACCGUGGCACAGGCACUGAAGAAACUGGGGCCUUUUGAUGGGCUUCUUGGUUUCAGCCAGGGGGCCGCGCUAGCAGCCCUUGUGUGCGCCCUUGGCCAAGCGGGAGAUCCUCGCUUUCCCUUGCCAAGGUUUAUCAUCCUGGUGUCUGGUUUCUGUCCCCGGGGCCUUGGACUCAAAGAACCCAUCCUGCAGGGCCCCUUGUCGCUGCCUUCCCUCCAUGUUUUCGGGGACACUGACUGUGUCAUCCCCCCUCAGGAAAGUAUGCAACUGGCUAGCCGAUUCACUGGAGCCAUCAACCUCACCCACUCUGGUGGCCAUUUCAUUCCAGCAGCUGCAGCCCAGCGCCAGGUCUACCUCAAGUUCUUGGACCAGUUUGCAGAGUGAAAGAUGAACAGGGGCUCUGCCCUACAUCCCCUACCCCCACAUGACCUUGGGGCAGCCUCUGGACUCCAGCCUCCCUGUCUUUCCCCUGUUCUGGGAGCUCAAGUGCGGUAGUGUUCCUCACUAUCACCAAUUAAGAGACAUAUCAGUUUUUUAGACUCAAAUUAUUAUAAGCCCAGCUCUACACUCAAGAAAAAAGGGAGCAGGAUACUCAAACAUGACGUCUGAUACUCAAACGUGAAAAAGGCCAGUGGACCCCUGGAUGAGUGGAGGGUGGCAUGGGAAAAGCAGGGGCUGGCACUGUGACUGCCACAUAAUAAAGUGGUGAUUUGGA